CUUCAACCUUCAUUCUCUCUCCCAAUCGCCUCCCUCUCUCCAAUCCUUUCAAAAACAACCCACACAGUCCUCUUCUCUAAGACUCUUAACACUCUCUCUGGACUCUGUAAAUGCAUUAACUGAACAAAUUCUCUCAAAUCGUCUUCUUAUUCUUCCUUCAUUUAUGUUAUGGCGUCAUCAGAGAACUUGGCGAGUAUUGAACCAUGGUUGUUCCGAACAAAUUUUGCAGACUCUUGGUUUUCGGAGACGUAUGCUCGCGAUACCGAGACGCUGACUAAGGCGCUGCAGAAAUCGAUGUCUGACAAUACGAAUACGAGCAACAACUCUGGGACGCUCACUUCUGAUUCCAUAUCCCAGUUUUUUGGGGGCGUGAUGAAGCCGGAGGCCACACCUACUGCAUCGAACGUGUCUGGUUCCGAGCAGGAAACUGCGCCGAAGUGGCAGAGGAGUGCGAUCCCGGUGUCGCGCACUGGGACGAAGGCUACGAAGCGGAAAUCGCGCGCUUCUUCGAAGAGGUCGCAGACGACGUUUAUUACGGCGGAUCCGGCGAAUUUCAGGCAGAUGGUGCAACAGGUGACGGGAGUGAAAUUCGGUAGCUCACAGAUGUCGAUGGCGCCGGUACUGAAACCGGAGCCGCAGAGACCCAGUGGGCGGUUAGUAGGGGCGGGUGGGUUUCUGCCUACGCUUGACACGUCGGCGUUUUUGUUGGACCGACAUCAGCAGCAGGGAGCAGUUGGGCCCACAGCUGGGAUCGGGCCUGUCAUUGGUUCCGGCCCACUGUCUUAUGCGCCCACAAUGGGAUUAGCUGAUGGAAGCGGUGCUACUGGUUUAGAAUUCGACACUUUCCCGAGCUUUCCCACUCUAGAAUCCUGGAAAGUCAUGUGAUAUUUUGAUUUUCUAGUCUUACCCUACUUUUUUUUUUUAAUCUCCCUUUCUUUAUUUUCAGUAAUGUAGUGAGGUAUGUUGUGGCUGAUCUGUUUAUAUUCUUAUUGGGAAGCCUUUGUAUGGUUAAUUAGUUCUUUUUGUUUAAUAUAUAUAUCAUCAUUAUAAUCUCAUUUGAUGUUGUUUUUGGGAUU